AUGGGGUACAGGGUUUCCUGGAUGCCCAUCCCCACCGUCCUCCUAGCGGGGCGGCCCCGCGUCGGGGCGGUCGGAGCGGAGGGGCGGCUCUUCCUCCGCAAACUCCCUCCCUCUCGGGGCUCUCCCUCCCUCGGCUCCCCGAUGGCGGAGGCACCGCUGCCCGCCUGGCCGUUGCCCGGCCCUCGCGGCCGCUCCCAGAGCGACAUCUCCUCCUUCUCCUCCUCCCGCAGGAGCUGCCUGCUCCGCUCCGGCGUGGGGGGCUCAGUUGAUGGCUUGGAUAAAGCUUCAAUCGCUAACUCAGAUGGACCAGCCCCAGGAUCCCAAACUCCUCCCUUCAAGAGAAAGGGCAAACUUUCUACCAUUGGCAAAAUUUUUAAACCUUGGAAAUGGAGGAAGAAGAAGACCAGUGACAAAUUCAGAGAAACGUCAGCAGUGUUGGAAAGGAAGAUUUCGACAAGACAAAGCAGAGAGGAGCUGAUAAGAAGGGGAGUGCUGAAGGAAAUGCCUGAGCAAGAUGGUGAUGUGACAGUAAAUUUUGAAACUUCAAACGGACACACCAUAGCUAUUGGUGAAGAAACCAUACAGGAAGAAAAUGCAGUAAAAGCCAGUGGAGAUAAUGGCACUUUAUCAGAGAAACCAUGUGGGCCAGAAGGAAAAAAAGAAGAUCAAAAAGCUAGUGCUACACAUGCUAAAAAAACACCAGUCUCCAAGUCCUCUUCAUCACCAUCUACUUCGUCCACAUCAUCUCAUCCCAAAGCCUCUAAAGAGACUUCCAGCAAAUCAGGCACAUCAGGAACUCCCAGGGGCAAGAAAAGGCCUGGGAAACAAACAUCUUCACGAACGGCACCAGAUGGGGCUGCCUCUUCCCCUUCAGGUGCCAGUACCAUCAAGUUGGAAGUGAAGGCAGAAAAAUCUGAGCCUGAGCAACCUUCCAGUGUAAUUCCUGAAACAGAGGAUGUAGGCGAACCAAGCAAGCUGGUUGUCCCCCCUCCUCCCAUCACUGCUCCUCCUCCACCCCCACCCCCACCUCCACCUCCACCUCCUUUUACUUCUGCAGCUGCUCAACUCAUUGUGUCCUCAGAUGCCCAAGAUCCAUCUGUUCCUGGAUCAGAUAGUAAACCUCUUCUCCAGGCUGAGCGAGGCACAGAUGAGGGCUUGAGCAGUACAACCUCAGACAGCAGUCCAGAUGUUCGUGGAGAGGACACAAAAAGCUUGGCUAGCAAAGACAACCAAGAAGCAAAGGCAGCUGGCAAGACCCACUCUGAACCAGCAGAGAAGACUUCUGAUGCUGCUGCUGCUGCUGCUGAGAGUGAAAGCAGCAGAGAGAGCCAUGGCAGUGACUCUGAUUCUGAUGGGCCCAUACUUUACACAGAUGAUGAUGACGACGAUGAUGAUGAUAAUGCGAGUGCUGAAAGCUCUUUGGCAAGUAAAAUUCGUCGUAGGGAUACUCUUGCUAUCAAACUUGGCAACAGACCAUCUAAGAAAGAACUAGAAGACAAAAACAUCCUGCAGCGUACAUCUGAAGAGGAGAGGCAGGAAAUCAGACAUCAGAUUGGAACGAAGCUUGUGAGGAGACUUAGCCAGAGGCCUACAACUGAAGAGCUAGAGCAGAGAAAUAUCCUGAAGCAGAAGAAUGAAGAAGAGGAACAGGAAGCCAAAAGGGAAAUAAAACGUAGACUCAGUAGAAAGCUCAGCCUGAGGCCUACCGUGGCUGAACUUCAAGCAAGACGAAUCCUACGGUUUAAUGAGUACGUGGAGGUUACGGAUUCUCCAGAUUAUGACCGUCGUGCUGACAAGCCGUGGGCCAGGUUAACUCCUGCAGACAAGGCGGCAAUACGGAAAGAACUGAAUGAAUUUAAAAGCACAGAAAUGGAAGUACAUGAGGAAAGUCGACAGUUUACCAGGUUUCAUCGUCCAUAGUUGUAUGACCACAUCCCAUGUUUUAUGUAACAAUUUUCUUUGGGGAAAUCAUUGUGUCCUGAAGACCCAAGAGUGCACUGGAACUUGACUGAGUGUGAGUGUAUCUUGCAGCUUGCCCUGAAGUUAAUGAAGGAUGUGGCCUCAUCUUUAUUAAUGAACAAAUUAAUUGACUAGGAGGAGAAGCCAUAUGAAGUGUUUAUUUUAACAAAGAUACAUCUCGAUGCUAAGACAGAGCAUGGUGCUGUGGCCAGCCCACAGAGACGAGCUGAUGGUCUUCUUCAUCAGAGUUUGACACAUCGGGAAGAGCAGAAGACAAUCACUUGAGAGCCUAGGGCCAGGAACUCCUCAGACCUUAUGGCAUUUUGACUGGGGGUAACUGAGGAGGGGAGCGUGAGGAGGACUGAGAGCAGGGGGAGGGAGACUUCCCUUGUCAGCCAAAAGCGAAUGGUGGGAUGGUUGGCACUGUUUAGGGAUGCACUUGGCCAGUGGGAAGAAUCGUUUAAAAAAACAAACAAACAACUGUGUGAGCAGCUGUGCAUGUAAAUUCUAGUGGCUGCAGCCUGUCUGAGAAAGACAGAAAGCCACAAGUCCUCAUGUCAUCAGUACUUUAGUGAAGAACUGUAAUUUUCUCUGGUGCCAGUAAAUGCAGAUGCCAGAAAUUAGUCCUAUUAUAACUCAGAAAUCUUUUUUUAAAAUCCUGAUGAGCAUGCUUCAAGAAAAUACAUUGAACAUUCAUACAGAACAAGUAUAUUUUUCAUUUUUUAAUGUUGGCAUACUCUGGAUCCUCCUAAAUAGGUAAACAGGAUUCAGAGAGCAAACGACACCUGACGCUAUGAAUGCAAUGAAAUUCUUUGUGUUUAAAAACACUCCUUUCCACCUGUCGCUUGCCAUUCAAACCAGAGGGAUCACUAUCAUCCUCACCUGUGGCAGGCAGUAGUGACAGCUUUGACAUAACUUGUUAGUGUGGAUCCAAAUUCAGAAUUGAAAUGGGGCACAAAAGCCCUUACUGGCAAGUUGGAGCAGUGAUUGCUACAUGACAUUUUACAUGUGAGAGCCCUUGCGCUGCUUAUAGGAAGGACUCACAUAUGAAUCAGUGUGUCUUCAGUCUGCGGUCUUGUGAAAGUUAAUAGAAAAUCCUUAGAGCAUCUGCAGCCUGUUUUUGUUGAGUGUGAAGAAUGCUUAUUAGAUCCAUAAAUUUUUAUACUAUCUUGGAAUUGUGUAUGUGAAGACUGCUAUUCAAACUAAAUGGUAUGGAGUGUGAAAGGCAAUAUAUGCUUUUUGUAAGUUGGCCCUAAACCUAUUAAAAAGCCUGUGGCGUUGUUUACA